AUGAAUAUUGAAGAUGAAAAUCGAUUAAAAUUAAUUGAAAAAGUAUUUACACGAUUUUUAAUUCAAACUCAAUCGGAUAGUCCACAAUUAUCUCGUGAUUAUUUCGAACGAUUCACUCAAUUGUUAAAUCAAACUUUUCAAAAAUAUUCACAAUUAAAAUCAUCUAUUGAAACAAUUAUUUCAUCAAUUAUUUAUCCUUAUCAUCUAUCAAAUAUUGUUACUUUUGAAUAUCAACUUCGUUUAAUACGUUUUUCAUUACGUCAACAUCUACAAAUAUUAGAAUUAAAUAAAAAUGAUUAUCUUCAUGAACUUUUUCAUCAUAAACUUUUACUAUCUUCAAGUAUUGUUCGUCAUUUAUCAUUACAAAUAGCUCUGCUAAUUUAUGAACAUGAUUUCUAUCAAUCAUUUGAUGAUAUUUUCUUUUCGCAUAUUAUUAAACUAUUUUCAUCAGAUCCAAACCUAUAUGUUCGCAAUAUUCUUGCACAGUUUUUAGCUCUUUAUAUUUCUAAACAUGAUCAAUAUCAAUUACUUAAUCAAAUUCAACAACAAUCUCAAAAUGCAGAUCUUAUCUAUGACAUUUUAAUACUAUUUGAUGAAGACAAACAAAAAUUAUUAAUUAACGAAAUGAAUAUCUAUGAAAAUCUAUUAGAUAGCACAGCAACACGUGCUUUUGUAUUAAAAACGGCUCGAUAUAAAACUGAUGAAGAUCAAAUUGUAUUUUAUUUAAAUCGAGUCCUAGAAAAAUCUUUAUCCGAUUAUGUUCAUAUGCUUUUAACAAUUAUUUCUUCGCGCUACGAAUAUCAUCGAUCGAUAAAUAAAUUAAGUGCUUGUCUUAAAGGUCUUUUCUUGUAUAUAAAAGAAGUAGACAUUGAAGAAAUUGAUGAACAUGAACAAAAUAUUUUAGUCAAUGAUAAAGAUGAAUUUAAUGAACUAAUAGAAUCAAUAUGUUGUCUAUUAUAUGAAAGAAACAUUCAAUCCGUGGAUCUUGCAUCAAUUGUUCUUGAUUCUAUUCAAACAUUUAUAGUUAAUUCGAAUUCGUUUAUUUAUAAGCUUGAUUUUUAUUCUUCAACGAUUCUGAUGAUGUUAACAGCAGAACAUGAUCAUGAUAAAAAUUUUGCACAACUUAUCAAUUGUUAUGAAAAAUUAGAAGAAUUUAAUUUAUUGAUCAAUACAAAUAAUAAUUUAUAUGAAAUUAUUAUUAGUCAAGUAAAAAAUAAAAAGAGAACAACAUUAGUUUAUCAAUCAUUAUUCAAUUUAAUACUUCAUACCACAAAUAAAAAAGCUCAUUUUGAAUCGAUUCAUUCCAUUGUCGAAACACUUCUUUUUCAAGACACUGAUCCAUUAUUACAAUGGGACAAUCAAGAUUGUGUUCUUCAUUUUUUAAUUCAAUUCAUAAAACAAAAUGAAUAUCCUUCUUGGUUUACGAACGAAUUUCUUCGACGUAUUAUUGAAAAAUUUGUUCAUAAUACUAAUGAAUAUGUUCAAGGAAGUCUUAUUGAUUUUCUCGCAACACUUAUUGCGUAUGAUUUCAUAUCGCCAUUAGAUAAUUAUCUUACAACAAAUUUUAUUCAACUUACACAAUAUUCUCUAGGCGAUGUUGUUCGUUGUUCGCUUGCUCAUGCAUGGUAUAUUAUAUUAACUAAAGCAACUGAAAACAAUUUAAACGAAAAAAAAGAAAAUGAUUAUCAAUUUUCUUUUGGCAUAAAUACAAAUUUUGAUUCAUUAUUAACCGUUGUCAUGACUCAAGUACCUGUAUUGAUUGGAGAUGGUGGUCAUGAAACUGAAAUUCAAUGUCUUCGUUUAAUAGAAUUUAUUGGAAAGAAAGAUAAAGGAUUAGACAAUAUACUUGAAUUUCUUAUGAAUGAUGGUUGUUCGAAUGAAAUUAAAGAAAAAGCUAGUCAAUUAUUAUCGAUUUCAAAUGAUAAAACUACUGAAAAGAAAAAUGAUGAAAUACUCGAUGAUGAACUUACGUCGAUUCUCCAUUGGUUAGAACAUCCCGAUGAACAUAUGGUAUUAGACUGUGAUUAA